AUGGGUCAUCCUUACUUAACUGACGAACAAUUAGAGAAUUGGAAGAAUCUGAAAGGAACCGUGAAAUCUUCACCGAAUUAUAUCGAUGUUGUUCAAGGUAUUUGGCAGACAAUAACAUGGUAUUACGCUCCACAUAUGUGGCAAGGUUAUGUCUUUCCUCAAUCAUUCAUCGAUGAAUUUCUCCGAUUCUUUUAUUUUCCAUUAAACCAAGUUUAUUAUAUAAUUUUUAUCGCUAUAGGUAUCACAUUAUUACGUUAUGCAUUUGAAAGAUAUGUAUGCAAGCCGUUGGUUAAUUGGCUUGAGCUAACAACAUUGAAUAAAAACAAGUUUCCCGAAUCUGCAUGGAAAUGCUUAUUUUACACAUGUACAUGGUCUUUUAAUAUUUAUUUAUUGAGCUAUCGUUAUGAUUAUUUUCAAGAACCAUAUCUGAUUUGGGAUGACUGGGCACCUGGCAUGCCGGUUCCAUUUGAUAUUCAGAUAAUGUAUUUCGUCCAAUGUGGGUUUUACUUACAUUCCAUAUAUGGAACACUUUGCAUGGAUUACAAACGAAAAGAUUUCUAUGCCAUGCUUUUACAUCAUGUGUUAACAAUGACACUUAUCUUCGUUUCUUACGCAACGCGUUACCACAAAAUUGGUUUACUUGUGCUCUUUGUCCAUGAUAUCACUGAUAUAUGGCUUGAAUUAGCAAAAGUACUACACUACCUCUUUCUGAGAAAAGGAGGUCGAAAAUGUCCACGAUGGGAAACUGCAGCCAACGUUUGUUUUGUUAUGUUUUUACUUAGCUGGUUUUUAUUCCGUCUUUAUUGGUAUCCAAUAAAAGUCUUAUAUUCCACCGGCGUUGUGACUGCUCAUCGAGCUUAUGAUAAAGGUUGUGGCCUAUAUGGAUUUUUCAAUUCCCUCUUGUGGAUUCUCUGUUGCCUCAAUAUUUAUUGGCUAUACUUCAUACUGCAACUUCUAUUUCGAGUAUUAUCUGGUUCAUCAGAUGGCUUAGAAGAUACGCGUGAAGAUGAAGAAGCAGGACCAUCGUCAACGCCGACAAGUACUCCUACCAAGAAUCUGUUGAAAGAAGGAUUGGAGAAAAAGAAGAAGAAGUAA